AGUGUCACUGACAGAGAAGGAGAUCUCUAGCGACUGGUUCGUGACAGUGAAAACAGAAAGAAAGGUAAAGCAGAUUAAAAAGAUAAACGCUACAAUAACCAGUAGCGAAAUCAAGAUUUUCAGAAACGGUGCUGAGCGUCACUUGGAUUCGUCGUUCUUCACAUUACACUCAGAUUCUGGAUUAGUCGUCGCAUAGCUUCGUCCCGCUACUAGCCAUUUAAGUCACCAUUUAUAUUAACACGUUUGAUUUACAGAUAAUGUAAAUGGUCAUUUAAAUGGCUAGUUGCGCGACAAGCUAGUCGUAUAGCAUAACGUUAGACGCAGGUUGUACUUUGUACUUGAGUUUCGUGAGGAACACGUUCCCUAAAGUACACGUGUAUACUGACGAAUUGCGUAUGUUAAUCUACACAUCUAUUUGACAGCAAUUGUUGAGAUGAAUAGUGAAAACUUUUCCAUAAGUGAGAAGAUUGUGUCGCCAUCAUAUAUUCGCCAGGGGAAACAGGCACGUCGCAGUCAUGAGCAACUGAUUAGACUGCUUUUGGAACAGGGCAAAUGUCCUGAGGAGGGAUGGAGCGAGAGCACAAUAGAACUUUUCCUGAAUGAACUGGCUGUGAUGGACAGCAACAACUUCUUGGGAAAUUGUGGCGUUGGCGAGAGAGAGGGCAGAGUGGCCUCUAGUCUGGUGGCCCGACGACAUUACAGGUUAAUCCAUGGGAUAGGACGAUCUGGGGACAUUGCUGCAAUUCAACCCAAGGCUACAGGUUCCAGUCUGCUGAACAAACUGACUAAUUCAGUUGUGCUGGACAUUUUAAAACUUUCAGGUGUGCGAAGUGUGACCAGUUGUUUCGUAGUUCCAAUGGCAACAGGGAUGAGCCUGACACUGUGCUUCCUAACACUUCGCCACAAGAGACCAAAGGGGCGCUACAUCAUCUGGCCCCGCAUUGACCAGAAGUCCUGUUUCAAAGCCAUGAUCACUGCAGGGUUUGAACCAGUGGUGGUUGAGAACAUUUUGGAGGGUGAUGAGCUGAGAACAGAUAUGGAAGCUGUGGAACGUAAGGUGCAAGAGCUGGGAGCAGAGAACAUCCUUUGCAUCCACUCCACUACUUCUUGCUUUGCCCCACGUGUUCCCGACAGAUUGGAGGAGCUAGCCACUAUAUCUGCCAAAUAUGAUAUCCCCCAUGUUGUCAACAAUGCUUAUGGAGUGCAGUCAUCCAAGUGUAUGCACCUUAUUCAGCAGGGAGCUCGUGUUGGAAGAAUCGAUGCCUUUGUACAAAGCCUGGACAAAAACUUCAUGGUUCCAGUAGGUGGUGCCAUCAUUGCAGGUUUCAAUGAGUCUUUCAUUCAGGAGAUCAGCAGAAUGUAUCCAGGUCGCGCAUCAGCGUCACCCUCCCUAGAUGUGCUCAUCACCCUGCUCACCCUGGGAGCCAGCGGCUACAGGAAACUCCUGGCAGAGCAGAAGGAGAUGUACACCUACCUGGCACAGGAGCUGAAAAGGCUUGCUGCGGCUCAUGGGGAGAGACUGCUGCACACCCCACACAACCCCAUAUCACUGGCCAUGUCUCUGGAUGGCCUCCAGACACAGAGCGGCAAGUCUGUGACUCAACUGGGCUCCAUGCUGUUCACCAGGCAGGUGUCUGGAGCCAGGGUAGUUGCCCUUGGUAACAAACAGAUGGUGAGCGGUCACAUGUUCUCUGGCUUCAUGUCCCACUCAGAGGCGUACCCACACCCCUAUCUCAAUGCCGCCUCGGCUGUUGGCAUCACACGGGAUGACGUGACACUCUGCAUCAAAAGACUGGACAAGUGCCUGAAGAGCCUCAGGAAGGAAAGCAGUGCAAGAAGUGGUUCACCAAUACCUCUCACAGGCCAAGAGGACCAUGCUGGAGAGUGAAUAAAAAAUAUGUAGGGAAAAAGUGCUCAUGUACUUUUUCAGAUAGUAACAUUUUAUGCCUCGUGAAAAUCUUCAAACCCCUUGCUUUCACAUGUGUCAUAUUUUGCUGCCUGAAAUGUGAAUCUUAAAAAGGAUUACAAUUACAAAAAUCUUCUAAAAUUAUAUAAAAAAACAAAGAUGUAUUAAUUGCAUAGGUCUUCACACCUCUUGCUGUGCCAAAUCUAAGUAAGUUCAGGAGCAAAUAAAUGUGACACCUGUGGUGUGAAGACACUAUAUGAGCUUAAAGCUGAAAUAAAGAUUGUUGGUCCAUGGAAGUAUAGGUCUUACAAAAUGUCACCAUCAUUAACACAUGACAAUACUGCAUUCCAGCGGCACUGUGGAAAACAAGUUCUGUGUGACUAAUGCUUUGCUUGUACAGAUUUACACUGAUAAGUUAUCCAAUGUCUGUAUGAAUUGGUUGCAUUAAUUAAAGAAUCCACUGAUCAUAAGGACA